GCUGUAUUCGCAUCAAAGAAUUCGCAUUUUCCACGCUUACUUCAGAAUGAGUGAUGAUAAAUCUCGCACUCUCUUCUGUGGCAAUUUAUCAGAUAAGGUUACCGAAGAACUGCUGUACGAACUUUUUCUCCAGGCGGGCCCCAUUGAUGGGGUGAGGAUUCCCAAGGCUCGAAAUUUCGGCUUCAUCACGUACCGCCACGAGUCCACGAUACCCUAUGCACUAAGACUCUACUCGGGGACGCGAUUGUAUGGUAGAGAGAUAACAAUUGCACAGCAAAACUCCCCCGGAAAUGAGCAAUCAGGGAAUCCCGCAAGUCAUGCUCAGCGGGGCAUGAUGCCACAGAUGAGGCCACCUCCCGCGAUUCCACCCGUCGCGAUGUUCGGCGGUAUGCUCGACAUGGAGCAGUUGCUGAGACUCGGCCAGCAAUUGAAUGCCAAUCUGCCGGACAACUUUGGUUCUUCAUCCCGCGGAGAUUACUUUGGUAACAACCGGACGCACGAUCUCGUGAAUCGUGAGAAGCACUAUCGCAACCGCGACAGUAGAAAACCGUACGGAAACAAUCGGCGACAAAGAGAUGACGAUACAAGAGGCAAGAAUCACAAGAGGAACAAUUUCCGGGAUCGACAUCACCACUGGUAAUGUACUCUCCACUUGCGGAAUUUCAUGUACAAAUCCCCCUUUCCAGUCUGUAAUCUCCAUCCAAAUGAUUUGUAUGAUAUCAAUAGACAUUUGCUCGGUCAUAACGUCCUUCCGGAACGUGAUUAUAAUUCCUCACAAGCGCCGCAACAUCAAUUCUCCGCCAUUCUCGUGGGUGGCGGCAAAUAAAAAAGGCUCGCCUGUGCCGGAGAUAAACAGGAAAUUCAGCUUAUGGCCAUUACGGUGCUCGAGAACUAGCCUCUCGUGGGCUAGUGUGUGUUUUAAUUCGUUCCACUGGACGUUGCUUUUAUUUCCGAGUGAAACGUGAUGUGACUUAAUGGGCCAACAGCUCGGCGAUCGCCUCGUAUGCCUGCUCAUUUCCCUCCAGCCUCCGCAACUGCUCCCGGGACUCGCCCAUCUGCCCUCGGAGGGCUAUUCAUGCCUCCCUGGAGUAGAAAGUGCACGGAAAUGAAGAGAGAUUUGAGGCCCAGUUGAUUAGUAACUUCUAUAAAAACGCGAAAUUAUCUACAGAAUUUUCUGCACACGAAAUCAUCAAGAGAAAAUAUUUCUCAGCACUUUAUAAUAAAGAUUAUGCUGAAAAACAAAAAUUGUGGAUAAAAGCGAA